AUGGCGGAUCGGCUGGCGCCAGCUACUGCUUUUGCCACCUCUCGCCGCCACCAGCUGAUUGUCAUCUCAUGCUACACUCGCUUCGACAACCUGGCGCACGGCCCUCGCGGGAGGGAGGCCAAGAAGAGUCUCUACACCUUUUGGAUGGACACAAGCGACGGCCAGCUGGUGCUCCUCUCGGUGAUCAAGGAAGACUGCAUGAACCCGGCCUUCUCUCGUUGGCAUCCAAGGAAGAACGUCAUGUACACAUGCACGGAGUCGGUCGCUGAGAACGGAAAGAUCGAUGCUUGGAGCGUUGACCCGAAGACCGGGCAGCUUACCAACAUCGGGUCCUUCGACGCUGGCGGCACUUCCACCUGCUACAUCACGCUGGACAAGGCCUGUGAGAACAUGUUGGUGGUCAACUACUGGAACGCCACGAUUGGCGUUUUCGGGCUGGACAAAGAGUCGGGAGCCGUGAGCUGCCGCCGCUCUCUCUUUGAUCCCAACGAGGGGCGGCCGAUGAAGGCACGCCACGAUCGGCACGUGAACCACUCGGAGAACGAUCCAAGUGCACAGCAGGAGAGGCAAGCCGACCCUCACUCACAUGCCGUGAUCCUGGAUCCGUUCUAUGGAAGGAUAGCCUACGUGCCCGACCUCGGAAUGGAUCUCAUCCGUCAGUUCUACUACGAUCCGGAGGCGGGGCAGCUCUUCGCCGCGGGGACUAUGUCGUCUGGGCCUGCAGGUCGCAAGGCUCUGGGCCCGCGGUACAUCGAGUUCCACCCCACGUUGCCCAUUUGCUAUGUCGUAAAUGAGCUCGCGUCCGACAUCUCGGUUUUCGAGUUCGACCAUGAGGCUACGCAGGCCAUCAUCCAAGGCGGGCGCCAGGGUGCCGCCCAGGCUCAGCCCACCCUGCGCCUGGUGCAGUCUGUCCGCACCAUCCCAGAUGCGUUCCCAGGGGAGGCCAACACCUGCGGUCGGGUGGCCGUGCACUCCUCCGGGAAUUUCGUCCUUGUCUCGAACCGAGGCCACGACAGCAUCACAGUCUUCAGAGUGCACUACACACACGGUCAUAGAGGCUUGUUGUCAGUGGCCGUGACACAGCACACCAGAGGAGCCACUCCCAGGCACUUUCAGUUUGAUAGCUCCGGGCAGUGGCUCAUUACCGCCAACCAGGACUCCGACAACAUUUCGGUCUUCCGGUUUAACCUGGCAACUGGAAAGCUCGAGUGGACGGGCAACGAGUACGAGGUGCCAUCCCCGAACUUUGUCUGCAACGUGGUGCCGCAUCAGUCCGCGGCGGAUGGUCCUCGGUCAAGCCUCUGA